AUGCCCGACAAGAUGACCAAGCUCAAGAAGCCGAAAAAUACCAAGGAGAGGGAGCCGGACGAGGUCAAGGCAAGAGGUGAGGAGAAGGAGAAGAAGAAGAAGAGACACUCGCAACCGCCGCCCCCAUCGGCACCAUCGUGGGUCUGGUGGCUGGCAGGAGGUCCCAACCAGAGAAAGAAACGGUCGAGUCAUAAGUCGUCUAGCAAGGAGAAGAGCAGCAGCAAGAAGCAUUCCACGAAAGAGCGUUCCUCGGAUAAGAAGAAGACGACGACUACGACCACGACGAAGAGGAAGAAGCACAGGGAGGAAGAAAGCGAGAGCGAGGACGACAGAGACGAGACGAACAGUGCAGCUGGUGAUCUUGGGGUGAUCGACGGUGAGAACGAUUACAGAAUGAUGCCGGGUCAAGCUAAACAGAGCAACAAGAACCACGCAUGGAUUGAUUCACGGAUUGGUGAGCACCAUUCCAGUGUGGGUAUCGAUCGUGCAAACUUGCCCAUGCCGCCCUGGCACCACAGGCCCACAGCGCAGCCUUAUGGCGGCAUCACCUAUACACCUACUAACGAGGAGAGGGAUCCUGCAACGAGGGAUCAGGGGGUUUGUCCCCAAGAGCCUCGCAGGCAAGAUGCCUUCCAACCUCCUCCUGUGCAAAACAAUUACAGAUCAGUCGGGCCCCAGACCACUAGCCAGACCAGCUCUACCAGUACGGCUCAUCAGCAACCUCCUGCUCCACAGAACGACGUUGAAUCAACUAGCCAGGAGAACAGCACGGGUGAUGUCGACCAAGACCACGGUACCCUGCCCACGAUCCAGGAGGAACCCCCCAGGCUCACUAGUCGUCAAAGCAACACCGGACCUGCUGAACAAGAGCAAAGCACUACUACAGCUGCCCGUGAUACCACCACUGGCUCGGGUGACGGAUGCGGUGUCACGGACAAGGGGGGAGAUGAACAAGAGUCGAAGGAGCCAGCUAGUCCACAGGCGGGCGAGAAUGAACCCAAGAUAUCAGAUUCUACACACAUGAUCGCCAAGAAGACAGAGGAUUCUCAAGUCAAGGAGCAAGCUAUCGAGUCGAAGAAGUCAGUUAGCCCACCGGUCGAGGAGAAUAAGCCCAAGAUAUCAGAGUCUACAGACACGACCGCCAAGGCAGAGGAUCUUCAAGCCAAGGAACAAGUUAUCGAGUCGAAUGACUCACAGGGGGAUCAACAAGAGUCACAGGGGACAGAUGAAUCACGAGUUAAUGAUAAUGAAUCAGCAAAGUCAAGUCAAUCGUCAUCUUGCACCGUAACGUAA